UGUGACGUCAGCGGGGGGAAACGAUACAAAACACUCCGCGAAAGUACAGAUGCCUCAGAGAAGUGUUUCUGUGUUUUCAUUGACAGGACCCUGACAGCCAACACCCAGGGAUAAAAGCCAAAGAAGACUUUUAAAAGAGAGAGAGAGAGAGAAGACAUUACAGGGCUAUUGUGCUGUCACACCUGUGUGUUUCAUUUAACACCCUUAUUUCCUUUCUAAACCACGUGGGCAAGUCACCAGGGUUCAUGUGUGACAUAUACAGCCUGGACUCUCACUGCGUGUCUCCACAAUGCAACAUGAGUUGGGCGAUGGAGCCUGCUAACUUCUACGAGAGCGCCAAGCUGGGCGGCACGCAGCACGGGGGCUGCAAGCCGGGCAGCAGGAGCGACAACGCGGGCGAGGACGGCACUAUGGUGGAGCUGAGCACCGCCCCUGCCAUGUACGACGACGAGAGUGCCAUCGACUUCAGCCAGUACAUCGAGUCCAUGACAGCCGUGCCAAACCUGGAGCUGUGCAACGACGAGCUCUUCCUCGACCUGUUCAACACUGUGAAGCAGGAGAAGGUGGACUUCUACAACAUGCAGGGUCCCGCGCAGUCCGGCGGCGGCAUGCAGCAGCUGUCAGCCGCCUACACACCAGAGAGGAAGGCGGACGGCGUGCUGGAUAAGGGGGCGUUCAGUGCGCCCAUCAAGCAGGAGUCCGACUGGAGUGACAGCGACAUGUCCUCGUCCCUGCCUUCACAGAUCGAGACCUGCGCCCAGACCUCUUUCAGCCUCCCCACAGGGCAGCCCACUCCCCCCACCACCCCGGAGCCUUUCUCCAAUGUCAGCUCGGCCAAGUCGUCCCCGCGGAAGAUCGGAAGGGAUAAGGGGAAGAAGGCGGUGGACAGGUUCAGCAUGGAGUACCGACAGAGGCGAGAGAGGAAUAACAUUGCCGUAAGGAAAAGCAGGGACAAGGCCAAGAUGCGCAACUUGGAGAUGCAGCAGAAGUUGAUUGAACUGAGCGCCGAGAACGACAGGCUUCACAAAACUAUCGAGCAGCUAACCAGAGAGCUCAGCGGGCUCAGAGAUUUCUUCAAGCAGAUACCAAACUCCUCCUUUACGGGCUCCUCGACUGUGGUGGAGAGCCGGUGACAAAUUCAUGAUUCUAUGAACUGAGUUUUAUGAAACAUACCUCAACAGACAUUUCGUUUUUACCAUCUGUACCAGAUGUAUUUUAAGCUUACCAUAAUGGCACUGGAAAAUAUGUGAUGUGUUGCUGCCAUAUUUUUUUGUGGGAUUUUCUCUGUAUUAAAUUAUUUUACCACUGCAUUUACAUAAUGUUAUACCUGAUAUGGUACCUGUUAUAUAAUUCCAAACUUUGUAUAAGAGCCAGAGCAUGAUCUUUUAUAUAGUUUGUAUGAAAAAAAAAACAUUUUUGUUUAUGGAAUCUAUAAUAAAAUUGACCAUAAGGUGCAGAAA